AUGAAGGUUGCGGAGGUGGUCUCAGUUUUUGCUCUCCUGGCUCGGCCAUUCGCGUCGGCCGCUUCCAGCCUCACAUACUGUGCUUCAGUCAACACGGGGUCUUCCUUUAACGCAGUUUCCGACACAUAUCAAUCAAAUGGAGCAUGUCUAAAAACUUGCGCCAAUUACGCCCUGGGUAUCCUGCAAGGGAAGAAAUGCUGGUGCUCGAAUGUUGCUCCCUCUCAAUCGUCGCAGUCCUCUGACACCUCGGACUGUGAUGGUGCAUGUCCGGGUUAUCCCGCAGACAGUUGUGGAAGUGCAUCCAAAGGAGUGUUCGCCUACGUGGAAAUUACAGGCAACGAUGUGACUAGCACAGCCGGUGGUUCAACAACCUCAAAAACCACGUCGUCAUCGUCAACCUCAACAUCAAGCUCAACGUCAACUUCGGAGAGUACGAGCGUUCAGCCUGAAACUGUCACUGUGACUGCCUCGGAUCCUUCCAUUUCAUCCUCACACACUUCAACUUCGUCGGAUCAAACAACUAGUACCUCGUCUACUGUCUCAGUCCAAACCAACGCUGGCGGCCAAGUCAAGACAAUCACCGUUGCAGGGUCAAGUGCGACUUCUGGCGCCGAUUCCGCAUCGGCCAAUACUGCCGCUACCAGCUCGAAAUUGAGUGGAGGUUCCAUCGCAGGCAUUGUAAUUGGUGUUCUUGGAGGCCUCGCCCUGAUUGGUGCCCUCAUCUUCUUGAUCUUCUUCUACCGCAAACGCGCUCGUGCCGUCAGCCCUAUCCCAAGCCAGGAAAUGGCCGACGACAGAACCAGUAGGGGAUCGAGCUUCAUGGGAGGUCUGUUCCGGAGCAAUGGAGAAGGCGCUGCGGGUGGACCUAUUCCCGCACGUUCGGGCACAACAUUCACCGAUCGACGGAUGAAGACCAACACCGUUCUCUACCCGAACGGUGCUCGGGAGAGCAGUGUUUCGCUACAAGACAACGAAGACUACUCGCGUCCUGUUCUUCGGCUUACUAACCCCGAUUAA